UUCACAUCCGGUUAUGCAGUACAACAUGGCAAAUAGGAAAACCAGCAAAAGCCGAGUAAGCAGUGAUAAAUAUUCCGUGUUGUUACCGACGUAUAAUGAGAGAGAAAAUUUGCCCUUGAUAGUGUGGCUGUUGGUGAAGUACUUUGGAGAAAGUGGCUAUGACUACGAGAUCAUCGUUAUCGAUGACAGGAGCCCAGAUGGGACGCUGGAAGUGGCAGAGCAGCUGCAGAACAUUUAUGGUGCAGAUAAGAUCAUUCUUCGUCCGAGGGAAAAGAAACUGGGGUUGGGAACUGCUUACAUCCAUGGUAUCAAACAUGCCACUGGAAACUUUGUAAUCAUCAUGGAUGCUGACCUCUCUCACCAUCCCAAGUUCAUUCCUGAAUUUAUUCAGAAGCAAAGGGAAGGAGGGUUUGACCUGGUGUCCGGCACUCGAUACAGUGGCGAUGGAGGAGUGUAUGGCUGGGACCUGCGCAGAAAACUCAUUAGCCGAGGAGCCAACUUUCUCACUCAAGUCCUGCUGAGGCCGGGAGCGUCGGACCUGACUGGCAGUUUCAGGUUGUAUAAAAAAGAGGUUCUUGGGCAGCUUGUGAAGAAGUGUGUUUCCAAGGGCUACGUUUUUCAGAUGGAGAUGAUUGUCAGGGCCCGACAACUAGGGUACAGCAUUGGAGAAGUUCCAAUCACAUUUGUGGACCGUGUUUAUGGAGAGUCCAAACUGGGUGGAAAUGAAAUAGUCUCCUUUCUGAAAGGGUUGUUAACUCUUUUUGCUACCACUUGAUGUUUUGUCUGAUUACCCAGACUUACCUGGAUUGCCACUGGUGACUUAAUUUGGUUCAAUUGAGUUUUCAUUCCAAACUUCUCUUGCUCCAGUACAGUGAUAACACAGGAGGGAGACUGUAGUUAAAUGCUGCCUGUGUGGGAAAGAUUCAGAAAUCCCAGCUUCUGUCUGUGCAGGAAGCUCUCACAGUACUGUUCAGAUAGUUGUACCUAAAGACUUGCACUUAGACUUUAAACCCUAUUUUGUACUUUUUACUUUGUGACUUUUUACUUUUGUGACAUUACUGUGUCAUGAACCCAUGAACAAAGUUACAUGUAUUGUGGACUAUUUUACCAUUAAAGAUCACAAAUUCCAUAAUACCAUCACUAGUAUAUGGUCAUAAUCGUAUUAUCUUCAGAGAGACUGCUUGAAGUUUGAAGAUAUAAGUUAAUAGAAUUCCAUUAUUUCCCUAAAAGACACAUCUUUGUUGACCAGUAUGAACAAAACCCAUUUUAAAUGUUGCAGUUCUUCCACAUUUUUGUUACAUGGAAGAUCAGUGCUCGUAUUGUAAUUUACAUCCAGAGACUAAAAGUCCAGAUUGUUUCCUAGGCUUAACAUGAUGUCACAUUGUGUCACACAGUUUUGGAUCCAGGUUUUUAAAAAACCCCUUUGCUCAGUUUGCUACUGCUUUGUAGUUAUGAGGGCAGGUCUUGGAGGGGAAGCCUUCAUUGUUUGUUACUGUACUGUAUCAAGAACUUCAGUGAAAGAUACCAUUACCCUCUUCAAAUGUAGCAGCCAUCAUUGAUUAAUGUAAAGCACUAGGAAAUAAAUACAUUUUCAUCGAAAACCAU